AACUGUCUUAAAACAUUUUAGCGUUUGCUCUGCCAUUGAUUUACCUAAUUCUGGUGUGAUGUAAAGAGAUCAAAAUUGUAACAUAAGUACUAACAAAGAAACAGGGAAUAUAUGAACUGCAAGAAGUAGCAUUUUUAUAAUGACUGUAAAAAGAUAAAAAUAAAGGAAAGCCUUGAACAACUUAAAGAACAUGAAGAUUCUGAAUUUUAAGGACAAACUCACAAGCACAGAUAACCUUUUACAUAUUCCUUCUAUAAAAUGAGGUGUAUUUGACAACGUCACAUAUCCACCUUUCUGGGUCUGUAUUUCCAGAGAAGGCUUUCUCUGGGCUCUGUCUAAGGCUUAAGAAUACUGAAAUACUGUUUCUAGAGGGCUGUUACCUGCUACUGCUUCCACACUGAAGGGAAGUUGCUUUUCUCCAGCCCAUCUUUUUCAGCUGGUUUCCAAUGGUAGUGUUAAACACAACAUACUAUACCAAGCACAAAGCCUCAUUGCUGGUGUGGUCUGUUCUGCUAUUGAAAAUGUGUCAGAUAUUGGGCUGGGAGGUAUGGAAAGGUGGGAGGCUUGGAAGACAGAUGUAGAAAGAUGGUGACACUGCAGAAAGUUUGGGUGAGGAGGGAGACAGUUUGGGCAGUGGUUGCUGUGGCAGUGAUAGUGUUAUUAGGAGAAACUUGAGGAGAGGGGUUUGGGACUGACUAGUGGGACUGGGAUGAAAAACUGAGAGAAGGAAAGGAGCUGAGACAAGCAUUACUAGGAUGGAAUGGGCAGAGAAGCUCAACCUUGAAUGGGAUGAAAAGAAACUACAAAAAGAAAUGUGAUUACCUUUGUCUUGUUGUUUGUUUUUUUUCUCUCUCUCUGCCUUUUUGUUUUCUUUGUAUUCAGCUCUCGUGCAAAACGUUCUCCAAAGCAGCGCCGGCGACAUCAGAUAAACGGUAGUCCUAUCAAUGCAGAAAAAGACAGGUUGAUCACAACUGAUAGCGAUGGGACAUACAAGCGACCUCCAGGAGUCAAUAACUCUGCGUAUAUUUCUGAUCCAGAUUUGCCUCCUGAACCUCAGACGUCAUCUUCAGCAGAUCUGGGGAAGUUCCCCGGCCUGCCAUCCCACCCAGUCUCCCAGUACGUCCCACCACAGCCAUCCAUAGAAGAGGCUCGGCAGACCAUGCACUCGCUCCUGGAUGAUGCUUUUGCCCUGGUGGCCCCUAGCAGCCAAGCAGCCAGUUCCACAGCCGUCACGCCACCCGGAGUCUCUGCAGGACAGCCGAGAUAUGUGGAAUUUGGAAUGACUCCGCCAGCAGCACCAGGUCUCCUGCCAAGGCAGAACUUUGGGCCAGGUUUUCUUCAACCUGCAGAGUUAAUGCACCCAGACCAGCAGCCGCCUGAGGUUCAGUAUUCCUCCAGAGGGAUAUACUCAGAGGAAAUGCCGUCGGUGGCACGACCGCGACCAGUUGGAAGCACUGCAGGUUCUCAGAUACAGCACCUCACUCAGGUGGGAAUUGCUAGCAGGAUCGGAGGUCAACAAGUGGAGAUCCCCUCAGGCAGAGCAGGGCAUGGCCAGCCGGGGGGGCCAGGGUGGCCCCAGUACCGUGGAGAGGAUGAAUAUGCUAGGCGAGAUGCAAUGCAUAUGCAUGGACACCAAGAAUAUUCCUCCUCACCAGUAUUCCAGAUGCCGAGGACUUCAGCCAGGCAACCUUCGGCACCCCCUGCUCAGCUUCCACACAACAACCUUCAGGGCCAGGGCCUUUGCUACACCACCAGUUCCACUGAGGACCUCCAACCAGGUCACUCUUCAGCCUCUCUUAUAAAAGCAAUUAGAGAAGAACUUCUACGUCUUUCUCAGAAACAGACAACAGUGCAGAACUUCCAUAGUUGAUUUAGCAUUCCCUUGCAAAUCUGCCAGCUAUCUGCUUCCUAUGGAAGCAAAGACUUACAGGAAAUCAGCAAUGUUGUUCUCUCGAAAGAAUGGACUUUCACAGCUCUUUAGACAACACUUCUGGAAAAAAGAAAAAAGGCAGUAAAAUGAGGAGAAGACGGAGAGACUGGGAACAAUCAUCAGUGUCAUGGCAAUCAGUGGUAACUAAUCUGUUAAUAUUACGGUGCUCCUCUUCUCUUCAUACCCUCAGUACAGUCUAACAAACAAAUAAAACCUGAAGUCAAGAAGUCAACACUCCAGCAAAAAAAAAAUCACAGGAACAAACUCCAAGUGUAGUAGACUCCUUUUUCUAAGGAGAAGGCAAAGGUUUGUGCGAACUGAGGUGACAUUUUGCAAGAGAUUCCAAGUAUUCUGAUCUCUCCAGUGCUUAUGGGGAAGUGGUUUGUGUUGCUGUUCUCCAAGAUUACAAACUAUAUCAGCUCUAGGGUGUUGAAGGUGUAAUCCCACGUAAGAAUCACUUUGGUUGUCAGUAACGGUAGGACUUAGAAUAAAAGGCUUUAUGAACUACUUGUAACAAAAUGGAACAAUAAUUGUUAAAGCUCCAUGCUUCCAAAUGGAGCUACCCUCUGCACUCUUCCUUGUUUUCCUUCUGGUGCUGAAGCUUCAAGUGUUCCUUCAUCUUCAAUGUUUGCAAAGUGAAACAUUGGCCUUGUAUAACUAAGAAAAUAUCUGUAGACUCAUUCAGGCUGGAGAAACAAAGCAAAGCAUCCAAACAGAAAGGGCUUGGUAUUUAAUUUGUUUUGAAAAUCACUGAAAAAUAAGAAAGGAAUAUUCAGCCACAGUUGAAUCUGGGGAAAUGUGUAUGUAUGUUUUUAAUAUAUAUAUAUUUACAUACUACUCUUGUAAGACCAGCGAUAAAAUAUUGCCACUCUGUAAUUUGCUUUGUGGACAGAAACCAAUCCAGCCUGACUGGUACAGGGUCACCAGCAUUAUGUUUUAAAUUGAUGUCCUAAACCACUGCUUAUGUUUGGAUCUGAAUAAUUUUAGUGAAAGUCGGUGACAGUUUAGAACAUUAACAUAGGCUUAGAUUUGCGGUUUGAAGACAGUUUCUAUAUUUAUACUUGUUCCCACUGUCCCUCUGGACAAAGGGUAAGCAUUAUCCCCAUGGUAAGAAUGGUACGUGCCAUGGAACUGUUUGUCGCUGUUUUUUCCAGAGUUUUAAUUUAAUACUAGCUAUGAAUUUACUAAUAUUUGGCCAUUGCAUAACUGUAACUGAUGUAAUACAUAUGGAGAUUUUACUUAAGUCAUGAUUUGUUGGAGUGUUUUUAUUUUCAGAUCAGACUGUACAGAAGCUAGCAAACUGGCACUGAGAUGGAGAGUAAGCUCUGUGUUUGUGAGAAGGCCUAGGAGCCUUGCCUCAGAAAAAAUGAAACACAAAACUAUUCGGUGCUACAACGUGGGUAUUUCAAACGCUGUUAGAAGAUGGUAGUAGCCAAGGAGAUCAUUGGGUUGACCAAGGUAGGGCUGUGUUUGUAUUACUGGGGUAGAAAUAACAAUUGGUAAAAUGCAAGCAUGUCAUGCUGGUUUAGUAUGGUGUUCUUUGGCUACCAUAUCAGUUCCCGGCUCCAGUGUACAGUUCAGUAGCUGCAGCAGGACUAGCUCAGACUGAAAUGAAAACAGGUAGGAGGAUGCCAUGGAAGAACCCUGCGUACCUUGUUCAUGAAGUACAUAUGUAAUGUCAUUUGUUGCCAAAGCCAAGACUAGGAAGCAAUUAUCUGCUCAUGAUAUGAUAAAAACAAUGGCACAUUGCUUCCUUUUUUUAUUAGAGAACUAAGUUGUUUAUCUUUUUACCUAUUGUUGUCAGAGGACAGUAUGAAAUUGUUUGAGCAACUUCAUGUAGCAAAGCAGUAUAAAUUCAUUUCCAGUUCACUGUUCAAUACAUAGUCCUCAUGGGCACUGGUUGAGGUUUGAUUGGAGUCAGAACACCUGCAUGAUUAUGAACAGCACUAUCUACAGGUCAUUCUAUUUUGAAUUUUUAAAGCCUUUUGUGUAAUUAUCAGUUGUAGCAUAAAAAUAAAGAAACUUUUGUUUUCUGCCAGA